CUCAUUUUACUCUCACUGUAGCACGAACACCAUUCCCACAACCCACUCGCGCACGCGCACGCGUCCGCGUGGAGCAUCUGAUCCGUUCGUUAACUAGUCUCCGCAGUAGGAUCCACCUCACACGACGCCAUUCGCGCAUCUAUAUAUAGUCGCGUGCAGACGCCCAUUUUAUAUAUAUACAAGAGAUAAAACCUUGGUCUGAGACAGGGACAAGCAAACCAAUUGUUCCUCACUCCAAUCUAUCUAUAUCUGUCCGUCCCUGUUCUUCCCGCUUCCGGAUUCGUAUUUGGAUUUUCAUUUCCUGGAAAAGAUUGGGAAUUUGAAACGCGUGAAUCGAUUUCUGAAUUGGGGUUCUUUCUGAUUUUGAUUUGGUGCCGAAAUGAGGCUGAACGGCGAGCUUCCUCCGUGCUACGACGGAAGAGCGGAGGGGGAGGAGAAUGGAGAAAAUGAGAGAGAAUUGAAUUCAAUCGGCAGCGUUGGGAUUUCUCUGCCGCCAAAACUCGUCGUCGGGUACGCCUUGACCUCCAAGAAGAAGAAGAGCUUCUUGCAGCCCAAACUCGUUGUCUUGGCUAGGAAUAAGGGGAUCUUCUUCAUUGCAAUUGAUGUAAACAAGCCACUUUCAGAUCAAGGACCCUUUGAUGUUGUUUUGCAUAAGUUGUCGGGAAAAGAGUGGUCCGAGGUUAUUGAGGAUUACAGACAAAAACAUCCAGAAGUAACUGUUCUUGAUCCCCCAAAUUCAGUAGAACAUCUAUACAACCGCCAGUCCAUGCUUCAGGAAGUGGCUGAUCUAAACUUGUCUGAUUGCUAUGGCAAGGUUGGUGUUCCAAAGCAGUUGAUUGUCACUAAAGAUCCAUCAUCUAUUCCAAAUGAAGUUGAUAAAGCUGGGCUAAAAUUGCCUCUGGGUAGAGUUACUUUAUCCUUCUUCUCGUGUGUUUUGGUUGUCAAACCACUGGUUGUGGAUGGUAGUGCCAAGUCACAUGAACUAUUUCUUGCUUACGACCAAUGCUCCCUCUCAGAACUCGAACCUCCCUUGGUCCUGCAGGAGUUUGUAAAUCACGGUGGUGUUCUCUUUAAAGUUUAUAUCGUUGGGGAAGCCAUAAAGGUUGUAAGGCGUUUCUCUCUUCCCAAUAUCAGUAAACGUGAACUAGAAAAGCUUGCUGGUGUCUUCCGUUUCCCAAGGGUUUCAUGUGCUGCGGCUUCAGCAGACGAUGCAGACCUUGACCCUAGUGUUGCUGAACUUCCUCAACGGCCUUUGUUAGAGAACCUUGCAAGGGAGCUCCGCCAACGAUUGGGCCUUCGGCUAUUCAAUGUUGAUAUGAUUCGAGAGCAUGGGACAAAGGAUGUUUUUUAUGUCAUUGACAUCAACUACUUUCCAGGUUACGGCAAAAUGCCAGACUACGAGCACAUAUUUACAGAUUUCCUACUAAGCCUUGUGCAGAGCCAGCAUAAGAAAAGACUCGCUGCGUAACCAGUGCAAGUACCCACUGUAUAUGAUGUUUCGCGCAGACAGAUGUAGGCCUCCUUGGAAUUUGAGGACAUUCGCAUCUUGCUUUGGCGUCUUUAAUUACCGAUUGGUACGAAAUGCCCCUUGCUCAAGUAACACUCCCCUGUACAGAAGGUUCUUGCUGUCCAAGGCCUAUAAAAACUUGUGAUAUUUUAUGUUGUUGCUGGGCUUAGAAGUAUCAAAUGUCUCUCCUGUACGUGUAAAAUUCGAUUUCAUGUGGGGCAUUUCUCGUAAAGGAUUCGGCCUGGCGACACCACCCCAUCUACCGGAACUGUCUGUGUUAUAAAGCAAAAUUCAAUAACAGACGAAUAAGAGAAGCUGCGUUGUCAUCUCCUUCUACUCUUCGUCCGAAAAUUUACUUUCCGAUUCGAGUCAAUUAAUUAGAUGUUUUCUCAUGCCAUUGCCCCUCUUCCCACUCCCACUUCUCUGUCACUAGGUUUCUUACAUGAAUUUGGUAUAUAAUACUUGUACUUUACUGAUUGAUUUUUGAAGUGGAAAAGAUUUGGAAAUUUGAUUAACAUGAUCAGAAUUCAA